AUGGAACCUGCGGUCAACCCUACAGCCAAGGUCCAAAGCUUCAAGGAAUGGCUGAAGACCAGCUUUUCUGUUGACCUUGAGGAUCUGGGGGUUACGCUUCGCUGCGACCAGUUUGGUGGAAUCGGGGUCUUCGCAUGUCGAAGGCUGGGUCCCGGUGAUCUUCUUGGGAGGAUUCCACUGGAGGCCAUCCUUCAUGCCGGCCAGGUGCGGAAGUCCUCCUUUGGCGCCAAGGUGUUGGCGGUGAUGCCCGACAUUCCCGGCGAGGAGCUGCUGUGGUUGUACAUGAUCUGGGGUCGCGAGGAACCUGAAUUGUGUGGAUGGUAUCCCUACCUGCAGAUUCUCCCGCCCAGCGAUCCGCUGAGCUGGUACUCCGACGAGGAAGCCUUGCAAUGGCUCGUGGGCACGCCAAUGCUGCAGGAAGCACGGCAGGCGGUGACGGAGCAAGCCGAGCGGCACCUGAGUGUGGUGGGCAGGCUUCAGAAAGCCGACCCAGCUUUUUUCACCUCGCAUCGGUUCAGCUUACAGGCAUGGAGAUGGGCAAGGUCAUGCUACGUUUCGAGGGCGUUUGACCGAGUUGCUUUCGCUAUGUCGGGUGGCGAAUGGGAUUCUGACGGCCUUUGUCCCUUGUUGGACUCCCUGAACCACAGAAAUGAUGCGGAAGUGGAGGCUCACUUCGACCAGAACGGGGCACGGCUUCAACUGCCGACUGGAGCUGUUGGCUACCAGGUCGGGGACGAGGUGUACCAUCUGUACCAGAGAAACCUUGCCAACAGCAGCCUCUUGUUGCACUACGGGUUUUCGUCCUUCAAGAACCCGAACGACUCAGUACGGGAACUGAAGUUUCACCUCCUUCCGGGGACGGUGUCGCAACGGCUUAGCGCUGCUUUUCCGCAGCACAGAUGGGUCAGUCCGCACUGGGGGUCGUUAGAAGCCGAUGCACACUGA